AUGCUUUAUGGAUAUGAACCUAGAGAAAUCGCAUUUGGUCUCCCUAAUGAGGAUUUUGCAGUCGAUUUCCAACAAGCAAUAAACAGUCUUCUGCAGAAAGAAGACGACGAAACUGGGGAGCAUAUGACAGACCAAGAACACGCAUAUCUAUCUUUGAUGUGCCAUAUUAAAACGAACGCUAUUCGUCUUAAAACGACAGACGAACGAAUUAAGAUUAGAGAGCUGUUGAGGCAUGCGAGAAAGGGAACAGAUAAUUAUGUACCUUAUACCCGUGGCGAAACAGUUUACCGACUCCGUAUAAAGAACAAUACUUUCGAACCAACUUGGGAUGGACCAUACCACAUUGAAGAAGUUGUAGCUAAGAACAAUUAUAAACUCCGACACUGA